UUGAGUUAAAGCGUAGACCGUACUAUUCCCGUCUCGUCUCGUUAGCAAGAAAACCAAAAAUUCCUCGGCGGCGGGACAGUACCAACUCACGCACUCUCUCUUCGGAUCUCACCGCCGCCGUCCACGGCGGUGCCUCCUCUCCUCGAUCUCCCUCACGCCGAUACCGAGAAGGUAAAGUCGUUAACGAUGGCCGAAGCCUCUGGUAGCAAGAGUCGUGGCACGUUGGCUCUUUCUGGAGGCUGAAGAAGCUUGUGUUAUCAGGUGGGCAUCUCCGAUGUAGCGGUUUGGUAGAGUUAAAUCAGUUUUGUAGAGUAAGCUGUUAUGUGAGAACUUUUGGAGUUUUUUCGAUUUUACAGGAUUUACUAUGAUUGUUUAUGGAAAAAACUCUUAUCUGCAACAUCAAGUGUCGGCAUUCGAGUUUGGUGUUUGCUUGACAGAGAAACUCUCUGCCACUGCCACCUUUGCUGCUGGCAUUCAAGUUUGCCUCUUCUCCUUCUCCUUACAUGUAUCCUGAUUUGGACACCUGUUUACGCGAUGAGAUGGCGGUUGCAGCCUUCAAAGGACCUCCCAGUGAGUGCUGUGGGAAUAAGAAAAUGGAAAGAAAACCUUCUGGGAGGAGACGUGUAUUUGUUCAGACUGAAACUGGGUGUGUUUUGGGAAUGGAAUUAGAUAGAAGUGACAAUGCCCAUACUGUGAAAAGGAAAUUACAGGUUGCAUUCAAUGUCCCAACUGAGGAAAGCUCACUUACAUGUGGGGACAUGGUCUUGAAGAAUGACCUAAGUGUGGUUAGAAAUGAUUCUCCACUUCUUCUCACUAGGAACUUUUUAAAUAGGAGUUCAUCUACCCCGUGCCUUUCACCAACUGGCAGAGAUCUUCAGCAGCGGGAUCAGAGUGGACCAAUUGAGGUUAUAGGUUGCUCGGAUAUGUUUUCAGGAACCAAACAACUGGUUAAGGAUAUUAAGAAGGCAAUAAAAGUUGGCAUUGAACCAAUCCCCAUUCAGAGUGGAUUGGGAGGUGCAUAUUAUUUUAGGAACAGCAAUGGUGAAAAUGUUGCUAUUGUGAAACCAACUGAUGAAGAACCUUAUGCACCAAACAAUCCUAAAGGUUUUGUUGGCAAAGCUCUUGGGCAACCAGGACUUAAACGUUCAGUGAGGGUUGGGGAGACAGGUUUCAGAGAAGUUGCAGCUUACCUUCUUGAUCAUGAUCAUUUUGCCAAUGUGCCCUCUACUGCCCUUGUGAAGGUCACACAUUCUAUUUUUAAUGUCAAUGACAGGGUCAAUGGUAGUAUGCACAAUAACAAGAAGCAAAUAAGCAAGAUCGCAUCACUGCAGCAGUUCAUUCCUCAUGAUUUUGAUGCGAGUGAUCAUGGAACUUCAAGUUUCCCUGUUGCUUCUGUUCAUAGGAUUGGGAUUUUGGAUGUACGAAUUUUAAACACAGACAGACAUGCAGGAAACCUUCUGGUCAGGAAGCUUGAAGGGUUUGGAAGAUUUGAUCAGGUGGAGCUUUUUCCCAUUGAUCAUGGUCUUUGUCUCCCUGAAAGUUUGGAAGAUCCUUAUUUUGAAUGGAUCCACUGGCCUCAGGCAUCAAUUCCUUUUUCAGAUGAUGAGCUCGACUAUAUAUAUCAUCUAGACCCAUUUCGUGAUUCUGAAAUGCUCAGAAUGGAGCUUCCCAUGAUUCGAGAAGCAUGCUUGCGGGUUUUGGUUCUCUGCACUAUCUUCCUUAAGGAAGCAGCAGCUUUUGGUCUUUGUCUAGCAGAGAUUGGUGACAUGAUGAGUAGGGAAUUUCAGGGUCACAAUGAAGAGCCUAGUGAGCUUGAGCUUAUCUGUAUUGAAGCAAAGGAACUGUUAGAUCAGGAAGAAUUAUCUUCUUUUGAAGCAGAAGUAGGAGACAAAGAUGUGACUUUGUUUCAGUUAGAUUGUGAGGGUCCAGAUUUGGAUUUCACUACAAACAUUGAAGAGAAACCAACUGUGAUGCCACCUUUUCAAGUUGGAGCUAGAAAUGGAAUUGUUAGAAACCCACUUUCUAAACUAGAGGAGAGUGUGAUGGAGGAGGACGAGGCUGGGUGUGAAGAGGAGUUGCCCUUAGGUGGCGAUGAAUACAAUGGUCCGGUUGAAAAUGGGGUGCCUAAUGUUUCAAAGCUGUCUGUGUCUGUGAAAAACACGAAAAUUGAUGAAAAAAGUUGGCAGAACAUGAGUGUAAAGCAAAAGAGUGGCUUUUUGGCUGGUACAUCAUCUGGAAACACAACUGUGAAUGAGUUGCCUGCAAGCUCUAGUUUCGUGAAGCUAACAGAUAUGGAUGAAGACAAAUGGAAUCUGUUUCUGGAGAAUUUCCAAAGGUUGUUGAUCCCAGCUUUUUGUAAUUGCAAACGAGGAAAUGUGAGCAAGAAGCAGAGACAGAGACUUGGAACUUCAUGCCAGUUUUAGGGGGACUAUAAAUGAAAUUUGAAGUGAACAAAUAAACAUUAGAGGCUUGUACAAUGUGUCACACGGUACACAUUGAAUUAUAUAUACAUAAAAUAAAUACAGAUGCUUUAUUUUCGCAACACUGAGGGGGAGGGAGUAUGCAGUAGUAAAAUAGUAAACGAACAUUUUCAGGUAGGAAGGUCUUGCAUCAGCAAAUAGUGGGCAGAUCUUAUUAACUAGUAGAUGUGAAGACUGUGUCCCGAUUUGCUCCUUUUUAUUUUUCCACUUUAUGUUCACUGGUUAGUACGUUGAAUAAUUUAGAGUAGAUACCGAAAUAAAUUUGUGUAUAUCAAUAUUUUCCUAGUUUUAAAUGAUAUUUCUUGUGUGGUUUGUUUGUCGCCUUUAAA